UCAAGCUCGAUUUUUCUUAAACUUUAACAUUCAGAGGAUAUUUGACAGUAACGGGAGCAGCCCAGGCAUGAGCGACCCGCACCUGGACGAGUGGCAGAGGAGGUCCUUUGACAUUUCGUCUGGCACCGGCACCCCUCAACAGACGGCGGACGCGCUCAGAGCCCACAUCCUCGACAUUCAGUAUGCAUGGGCAAGCCACCAGCUAACUCAAGCCGCGCAAACCAGGCUGCUGCGGAAGUACACCGAACGCUACGCUGCCGUGCUGGACUCCGAUGACCCCAAAAACGGGUUAAAUAACUAUGCAGAGAGCGCCCUGCAUUUGGCCCGAAGUCAGAAAAACCACAGCGAAAAGUGGGAGUCGGGGCUGAGCUUGGAGGGGCUGCUGAAGAUGCCGUGCGUGCAGAAGAUGGUUCAAGCGAAAAGUAAAGAGAAAGCGACGUCAGUGAACCCAGAGGAUGAAAAUAUAACGGUCGGACAAGACGGUCAAAGUUUCCCGCUUCCCAUAAGAGCCGAAAAUGCAGGUUUCGGCGCAACAAAACCGCAAUAUUCCAAGCAAAAACAAGCCGGUACGAAUUCCACGAUCGCAAAUAAUUCUACUUUUGAGCAAACGAGAAGCUUUGGAGACAAUUCCAAUCCUAGACACUCAGCUUAUUCUACGUUUGGAAACACAUCUUCAGCUCAAAACUCAUUUUCUAACCAUCAAACUUCUACGUUCUCCAACCAAAACAAUCAAUCAGCGUUCCCAAAUCCAGCUAAGCGAAAGAACUUUUGCAAUUCCGACUCAGGAGAGAGCAGCAGGAGGCAGUACGGAGCGCAACCGGCUCAGACUUCCGCGCCGAAACCAGGAGGCAAUUUCAAAACCGCUCGCGAACAGCUCAUCGUCGAUCAGCAAAAGAAAUACUCGAACCCGCAUCCGCAAAGUGGUCAGACUCCGGGUUUGGCAGCGACUAUGAAGAAAUCUCUCGGCGCGAAUCGACCACGCGGGACUUUUUCGAAGUUUGUAUCGCCUUUGCCGAGACAAGAAGACGAAAAUCAAGUGUCAAAAAAUGGCGACGCAAAUCAAGACGGGACCAUUUCGGACGAGCGCUUGAAAAACUUCGAACCAAAGAUUAUCGAGCUGAUCAUGAGCGAAAUAAUGGACCACGGGCCUCCGAUAACGUGGGACGACAUCGCCGGGCUUGAAUUUGCCAAAACUACGAUAAAAGAAAUCGUCGUUUGGCCGAUGUUGCGUCCGGAUAUCUUCACGGGUUUGCGAGGGCCUCCGAAAGGGACACUUUUCGGACCGCCGGGAACGGGUAAAACGUUAAUCGGAAAAUGCAUCGCUUGCCAGUCCGGCGCGACCUUCUUCAGCAUCAGCGCCUCGUCGUUGACUUCGAAAUGGGUGGGCGAAGGAGAGAAAAUGGUCCGUGCUUUGUUCGCUAUCGCACGAUGUCACCAACCGGCCGUCAUUUUCAUCGACGAAAUCGACUCCUUGCUGUCCCAGAGAUCGGACAGCGAGCACGAAUCCUCCAGGAGAAUCAAAACGGAAUUUCUGGUCCAACUCGACGGCGCGACGACGGCAGCAGACGAUCGGAUUUUGGUCGUCGGCGCAACGAAUCGCCCGCAAGAAAUCGACGAAGCCGCGAGAAGGCGUCUAGCCAAGCGACUGUACAUCCCGCUGCCAGAAGGGGGCGCGAGACGGCAAAUCGUGACCAAUCUGAUGUCGAGGGAGAGGAACAACUUGCGAGAAAGCGAGUUGGAGAGUAUCGUAGAGGCGACGGAGGGCUUUUCGGGAGCGGACAUGACGCAGUUGUGCAGGGAGGCGGCUUUGGGGCCCAUCCGGAGCAUUCAGUUCAGCGACAUCGCCACGAUCUCGGCGGAUCAGGUCAGACCGAUCACGUACGGGGACUUCCAGGAGGCGCUGAAGACGGUGAGGCCCAGCGUGUCCAACAAAGACCUGGAGCUGUACGAGGACUGGAACAAGACCUUUGGGUGUGGGAGAUAAACUGCCUCGAAAUGUUGAGUUUGUACGACUUCACAAUGUUGUAGAAUUUAAAUUUUGGAGCUUUUGUCAUCAACAUUCCCUGGGGUUGUGAUGCUAAAAUAUAUGUACUACUCUGUCUGAACCUUUGUUACUCAAGUUAGACUUUAAUCUGAGCUUUAUUUGAACACAAUCUGACCAGAAAGAACUAACUUAACUGGAACUACAACAGGUCUGAGCUGAUUUGUGCUGUUGAACAAGUCUAGAGUGACCAGACAAAUCUGUGUAUCAUUUGUUUGUUCGUUUUCAAAAAAAAAAAAAA